CAAGACAGUUCAGGAUGUUUUACCUUAUUUGUAACAUUACUGAUCUAAAGUGCUGUAUUUAUAUUGGUAUAAUUCCCUUUUAGGUCUUCCUCUCCACCUUGGAGAGUAGUCAUGAGAAGCUUUGAAGCUUUUGAGAAUCUGAGAUCCACUUCUCUCAAGGAAUGUCAUGUGUGUGCAAAAAAACUAGGGGAGUCUUGGUAAGAAGGAAAUAGUUCCAAAACACUACCUGCCAGAGAGGAGACAACUGCAAAACCCACUGUAUCUUCCCAGUUCAUCAUUCUUCCAGAAAGUGAAUACAGGCUUGGACUUCUGUUGUUUUUGGUGCACUGGUUUGUGUUUCCUUUAAAGUUACUUUAUAUAUUAAAUCACUUUAUUUAGGAAAACUUUGCCUUGACAGGCAAACAACUUAGAAGUUACCACAAGAGAAAUCCAGUGCAGGCUUCUGCUAGAGGUGUUAAACCCUGUGUGUCAGAGGCCUGAACAGGGAGUGUCUCAUGGGAUGGAGUUCUGAAUGAGCAUCAACAACCUCUAAGAAGAAUCAAUGAGAAGAGAUGGGGAGAGGAACGGCAAAGUGAAAUUCUAAGAUGCUGCGAGGAACUUUGAUCCCUUUCCUCACAUCCCUUUCCCUGCGUAGAAAUGGAAAAGGCACCCUGCUCCCUCCGGUGCGGAGCGGCUAGCGUGGGAAAGCAGACCCUGGCAGCUGAACGAGGAUGUGAUACUUGAAGAACCUUCUGCUCACUUUGUACAUGAGGGAUGGAAAUCUCCAAAAUACUCGGGCUCCUGGUAGAGCUCUCAAGUCUGCUAUUCUGUCUCAGAUGUGUGGAGGCUUUCCUGGGAUCCAAGCCCAACCAAAACCAUUUGCAGAGUGCAGCGCCCAGCAUCUGUGCUGUGGGACCUCUCGGGUACUACAAUGGCUCACUGGCGGUCACCGAGGCCGGGGCAGAGUGUCUCAACUGGGCAGAGUUCCCUGAUUAUGUUCAGCAGUACCCAAACCGUGGCCUGGGGGACCACAACUUCUGCAGGAACCCAGACGGGGGAACAACGCCCUGGUGCUUCUACAGGCUUGUGUCAGGGGCCAUUGGCUGGGCCAACUGUGACUGUAACCAAGGUGCUGUGCGGUUGGCUGAAGACAGUAGUGUGGAGCUGUACUUCAAUGGACUCUGGGGUACCAUCUGUGCUGACCACUGGACUGACUGGGAUGCCAGUGUUGUCUGCAGGCAACUAGGUCUCAGUGAGAUCGGCACAGCUGGGAAGAAGAGUCAUUCCAGACCAUGGCCUGUUCCCCUGCACCUGCAGUCAGCAAACUGCCAUGGAGAUGAGGAAGCCCUGCUGCAGUGUGGCUAUCAGGAAGCUCUGUCAGGAGCUUGUAACCAGGGGAGUGCCGUGGUAACUUGUGUUCCUCCAGAAGGUGUAGGUGCCCCACUUCGUAUAGUUGGGGGGAAGGAGAGCUUUGAAGGGCGAGUGGAAGUUUACCAUGAUGGCAAGUGGGGAACCAUCUGUGAUGAUCAGUGGGACGACCGGGAUGCUGAAGUAGUCUGUAGACAGCUGGGACUCAGUGGGACCCCAAAAGCCUUGUCAUGGGCUCACUAUGGGCAGGGAUCUGGCCCAAUCCUGCUGGAUGAAGUGCAGUGCUCAGGGAAUGAACUGUCCCUUGAUCAGUGCAAGAAGAGUGACUGGGGACAGCAAAACUGUGACCACAUUGAAGAUGCUGGGGUGUCCUGUGACCCUUUCACAGAGGGCACGGUCCGGCUGGCUGGCGGCCGCAGCCCCAGCGAAGGCAGGGUGGAAGUUUACUACAAUGGAGACUGGGGCACAGUGUGCGACGAUGGCUGGACAGACCUCGGUGCCCAAGUGGUCUGCAGGCAGUUGGGCUUCAGUGGUCCUGCUGCCCUGGCCUCUGAAGGAGACUAUGCUGCUGGCCAAGGCUUCAUCUUACUGGAUGAUGUGGCAUGUAUGGGGACAGAGCUGUCUCUCCUGGACUGUCCCCACAGCAACUGGGGGCAGCAUGACUGCUCCCAUGUUGAGGAUCUGGGAGUCCGCUGUUCCCCAGAAAGCAACACGGUCAUGGAUGGCAGCCUGGGGCCUCCUGUGCGGCUGGUGGAUGGAGAAAGCACCAAGGAGGGCCGGGUUGAGGUACUGCUGAAUGGGCAGUGGGGCAGUGUCUGUGAUGAUGACUGGACAGACAGAGAUGCCACUGUGGUUUGCAGGCAACUGGGAUUCAGUGGUACAGCAAAAGCCAGGGCAAUGGCUUAUUUUGGUGAAGGCCAUGGGCCCAUCCAUCUGGACAACGUAGAAUGCAAUGGCAUGGAGCAUACCCUGGGGCAAUGUGCCAUGCCUGACACCAGGAUUCACAGCUGCUGGCACAGUGAGGAUGCUGGGGUGAUCUGUGACUAUGUGGAAGAAAAGGUCCAAGAUAUCAGGAGAACAGGUCCAGAGUCUGGUGUGUGUGGGAUGCGCCUGCUUCACCAUCGCAAGAAAAGGAUCAUAGGUGGAAACAAGUCUCUGAGAGGCAGCUGGCCAUGGCAGGCCUCACUGCGGCUGAAGGGUUUUCGUCGAGAUACUCGUCUGCUGUGUGGAGCAACACUGAUCAGCAGCUGCUGGGUGGUGACUGCAGCCCACUGCUUCAAAAGGUUUGGUGUUGAUGUGCGGCGCUACCUCCUGCGGGUGGGCGAUUACCACACAGGUGUGAAGGAUGAGUUUGAGAGGGAGCUGCCUGUGGAGCGGAUUGUCCUCCACAGGAACUAUUGGGCUGGCAGCAAUGAUAAUGACAUAGCUCUGGUCCGGAUGCGGGGCAGAGAAGGGCACUGUCUCUCCUUCAAUCACCAUGUUCUGCCCAUCUGCCUGCCUGACAGGAGAGAGAGGUCUGACAUCAACAGGCAAGCCUGCAUCAUCUCUGGCUGGGGAGACACAGGGAAAUCCUAUUCCAGAACCCUGCUGCAGGGGGUGGUGCCCCUUCUCCCACGGGAAGACUGUGAGGCCCGUUACGGGCGGAAGUUCACCAACCGCAUGAUUUGUGCUGGGAACCUCUCUGAAGAUAAACGGGUGGACAGCUGUCAGGGUGACAGUGGAGGGCCACUCAUGUGUCAGAGAUCAAAUGGACGCUGGAUCAUUUUGGGCAUCACUUCCUGGGGGUAUGGCUGUGGUCGGAAGGAUUCACCCGGUGUGUACACAAAGGUCAGCAAAUUCGUACCCUGGAUCAAGAGAGUGACCAAGCUAAAAUGAAAAUGACUGAGCCUUUGGAAUUUCAGCAUAUGGUCCUUUUGCCCUGCAGUAGCAGAAGGCCGUGGCUUCUGGCCUUUGACUGAUGGAGAUUUAUUUGUCAUUGGACACUGGCAAAAGAACUGGAAGGAAAACAGUUAUGACCGAUUCUUUAAAGUCUUUGGUUUCACUUUAGUCUGUAAUCUGUAAGCAGAGAAAGCAGGUGCACAGUGGUAACAAUGAUAAGUACACGUUGCUCUAAAUA